AUGACGAAUCGCACGGCGUCCACGCUGCUCCGGUCCUUCUCCAAGCACGAGUGGGUCGGCGACAGUCUCGAGUUGCUCAGCUACUUCCGGCAACGAGGCGUCUCGCCCGAUGCGCCGUCACGCAGCGUUGCGUUCAGCAUGUUGUGUGAUAAGGGCAAGUUUACACAGGCUCUCCCGGUGUUUGAGGCGUUGUUCGAGGAGCAACGCGAGCUGCCGGCGUGGGUGUUCGGCCUUGCGAUGCACGCUGCGACGGAAUUGCGUCGCCCUGAGCUCGUGAACGGUAUUUUCAAGCACUUUGUGGGCGGCAACGACACUUACGAAGGCGAGGGCGAGGGCGGGGUGUACACGAUGCUGCGUGACGCGCGCAGUGAAGGCGUGAAACUCUCGGAGGAGGCACUGCGGUCGCUGCUUGUCUUUGCCGAUCGAGCGAGGCAGCCUGAGGUCGCGCUGGACGCUCUGGCCAUGAUGAAGGAGGAAGGGUUUGAGCUGACGGCCAAUGACUAUAGCGCGGUGUUCAUCGCGUGCAGCGGGGCUAAACGGUGGGGGAGCCUCAUAGAACUGUACGAGUCGAUGCCAGAGAGCUAUCGUACGCAGCUAAAUCGCAGAGCUCAAUCCGAGGUGGUCAUGGCGUACGCUCGAAGCGAGAGUGAAGACGCGAAGCUGUUCUCGCUCGCGAACAAACUCAAGCAAAAGGGGACGAACUGGGAUGCGUAUACGUACGGGAUGGUUGCGCUGGGCUACAUUCCUAGCGGCUCUAUUAAGAAGGCGCUCGAGUUCGUGCGCGCAAACUCCGCGCAUCUCAAGACGAACAGCAUCUCGUGCUACCGCGAACUCAUCGAGUAUUACACAACGAAGGAGUGCGACCCCACCAUGGCCUGCCAGCUCUACAACGAAAUGAUGCAGAAGAACUGGGUACUACCGCGCUCGGAGUGGCACAAAGCGCUUAAGCUCAACUUCCCGACCAAGCGAUGCACUGGGAGUUCCGCAAGUAGAUGUGGCUUCGCGGUUUACCAUUUGAACCCAAUGACCCAGCUUUGUCUGACAAACACCAUCUAG